GAGCCAGUGGCUGCAAGCUUGGCUGGACAAAACAGACGUUACCGUUUGCGUGACAUCAUCAUUCGGAGAMAAGAUGAGUUAGAUGCCCUCAUAUCAGAAAACAAGAAACAAUCUUUCCUUGUGGUUCAUCGUCUCAAAACUGCGGGUAAAAAUUGCUUAAUGCGUGGUACUCCCAUUACAUGCAGAAUGGACAGUGUUGAGCAAAACMCAGAAAGUGGAUCGGUGGAUGAAGACACCUUGUACACAUUUCAUGUAACACACGGUGAGUUCCAGUGGAUGGUGAAGAAGAAGUACAAAGACUUUCUGGAGCUUCAGCGAGACCUUCACCUUCGCAGGAUGCUCUUCCACUUCAUGCCUUUUCAAAGGUUUCAAAUGAAUGGGGAGGAACGGAGGAGCAUGUUGAGGAUAGAGCCCGCAAGAUCUCAGGAUCCUAAGCACCUUGAGGACUACUUGAAUAAUGUGUUGGRGAAAGCAUUCUGUAGAAAUGCCACCAGCAUGAUGGAAUUCAUUGAUGUCAGUCCUCUUUCUUUUGUCACUGAUCUGGGACCCAAAGGCUUGGAGGGACUUGUCAUCAAGAGGUCUGGUGGUCACCAGACCCAUGUUCUGCAAUGCAUUGGCAAUAACAAGUGCUGUUUCCACUGGUCAAAACGCUGGAUGGUGGUGAAAGACUCCUUCCUUCUGUUCAUCGACCGAGAUGAGGCUGCAAUCAAUGGUGUGAUGCUUUUUGACCCAGAGUUCAAAGCAAAAUGUUCAACAAAUGUCGAAUUUGGAAUCUCUAUUAAGAACAGAGCACGAGAAGUGGUAAUUGAGUGCGGCAGCAAGAAACAAGCAGAAUGGUGGAGCCAAGAAAUCAACCGACUAGCAGAAUCAUGUGAAUUUCUCAAAGUUCAGCGCUUCAAAGGAUUUGCUCCUCCUCGGGAGAACACGCUCACUAAAUGGUAUGUGAAUGGAAGUGGCUACUUUGCAGACCUAGCUGAUGCUCUUAAGAAAGCAAAGGAGGAGAUUUUUAUCACUGAUUGGUGGCUCAGUCCUAAAUUGUUCCUAAAGAGGCCGGCCAAUGAUAAGGAAUGGAGGCUUGAUAAGAUACUUGAAGAGAAAGCAAAGGAUGGAGUCAAAGUAUAUAUCCUGCUGUACAGAGAGGUGACAUAUGCACUUAGCAUUAACAGUGACUACAGCAAGAGAGCUUUACGGAACAAGCAUGGAAACAUCAAGGUGAUACGACAUCCUGACCGUGUGUCGUCUGGAGUGGUCUUAUGGGCUCACCAUGAAAAGAUGGUGGCCAUUGACCAAACCGUAGCCUUUGUAGGGGGAAUCGAUCUGGCGUUUGGAAGAUGGGAUGACAAUCAAUACCGGCUGACUGACCUGGGUUUUGAAGAGGGAUCGAACARUGAAGCCAAGGAACAGCACAACAAAAGUUGUCUCUGUUGUCAAAUGGCUACCUCUGAAGACCUGGAAUAUGAGAUGGCCAAACAAGGUUCAAGAAAUCUGGCUAGCAACACUAAGCUGUGGCUUGGCAAAGAUUACAACAACUUCAUCCUUAAAGACUGGAAAAAACCAGAAAAGCCGUUUGAGGAAAAUGUUGACCGAUCUAAAGUUCCUCGCAUACCGUGGCGUGACCUGUCAGCAGCCGUUCAUGGCAAAGCGGCCAGGGAUGUGGCUCGACACUUCAUCCAACGCUGGAACUUCAGCAAGAUGUCAAAAAGGAAGUACAGGGUUGAGUCCUACCCUUACCUUGUUCCCAAGUCUCACUCCACUGCAGACUCACUGCCAUUCACUGUGCCURACUCCAACAAAGCCCAAGUUCAGGUGUUGCGCUCUGCUGGUUGGUGGUCAACUACAAAUUUGGAAACCUCAAUCCAUGAGGCCUACAUAGAUAUUAUUAAGAAGAGCGAGCACUACAUCUACAUUGAGAGAGAGCACAAGAAGUUCAGGGUGUUUGUGGUGAUUCCUCUACUWCCUGGUUUUGAGGGAGACAUUAAGACAGGAGGUGGAAAUGCCAUCCAGGCUAUUCUACAUUACACUUAUAGAACGAUUAACCGUGGGGAGGUGUCCAUCUUGAAACAGCUUAGUAAAGAGAUCGACAACUGGAAAGAGUACAUCACUUUCUGUGGUCUCAGAACUCACUCCAAGCUCUCCGGGUCGCUUGUCACUGAGCUGAUCUACGUUCACAGCAAGAUCCUGAUUGCUGACGACCGCUGCUACAUCAUUGGAUCAGCAAACAUCAAUGACCGCAGCAUGCUGGGUGAACGGGACAGCGAGCUUGGCGUGUUGGUGGAGGAUGAGGAGAGGGUCCCGUCCAUCAUGGGAGGAGAGGAGUACGAAGCAGGACCCCUCACUCUCGCGCUACGCAAAGAGUGCUUCAGUGUUCUUCUUGGUGCAAACUCUGAACCCAGUAUCAAUAUAGAUGAUCCGAUGAGUGAUGACUUCUUUGGGGUUUGGAACAAAACUGCUGAACUUAACACUAAAAUUUAUGAGAAGGUCUUUAGAUGUCUUCCCUGCGACGCCGUUCACAGCACACAGCAGCUGCCAGAGUAUAACAGCCAGAAACCCCUUUUUAAAACAAACUUGGAGCAGGCAGAGGAGGAGCUGAAAGCAGUCCGAGGGCUGCUGGUCCACUUUCCCCUAAAGUUCCUGCAUAAGAAUAACCUGCAGCCUCCACCCAUCUGUAAAGAAGGCAUGGUUCCCUCAACUACAUGGACAUAAUGUCUGUACUGUCUACAAGACAGUUUAACCUGUACUCAGUACCCAGAGCAGUGCACUGGAAAAACAUUGCCUAGUUUGAUUAGUCUCAGCUCACUGAGCUCUAACGGCCUCUACAGCCACCAGAGCCCAGACCCAUCGAGACAAAAGCUCUUCUCAAACAAAAAGUGUCUCUGGGGAUGUCCUGAGAGAAACUUUUUUUAAUCAACUGGUGACAAUAGCUGGACUCAGACAGGAUAUUGUGACCAAUGCAUGGACUUCAUUUAUAAGUAAAGGUAUGACACAAAUUUGUUUUAAUGACGUGCAUCAAAUGACCUACAGUUUAUGUAAAGAAUAUUGAUAUGUGAUGAAAUAUAAAUCGUAACUCCUGCCAGGUGAUGAAUAAGUUCGGAUGGGUUCAUAUAUUUGUAAUUUGAUUUUGAUGAACCGAGUGUCUCAUCACCCAUGAACCUCACCCCACGUCACUGGUGGGCACAGUUCYGCUAAUCCUCUAACAGCUAAUAGUGAAGCUACCUUUUCGUUUAGCAGAUUUUCACUACCUUUGGAAACCUUUAUUACAUUUAGUUCUGGUGGUUUUGUCUGCUGACAUAACAAAAACACAUUUUCUCUGAAACAUGCGGUGCUGCAAGCCUGCAUCAUGUGYCUUCUKUGUGUAGCAUCUGUAGGAUUUUGUGUGUCCAYCUGCAUUAAUCUUCAGCUGGAAGGAGACGAAGACGUGGGGCGCAGRUCCACCAGAUUUUAUCUUGGUGGAUUAACUAUUUGGAGACAAUAUAGCGCUGAUUACAAAUCUUGAGUUAGCAGAUAUCAGUUAGCAUUAGCAUGCACUUUUUUUUUUAACCUGUUUAGGGGUUUAGCUUGCAUAAUUUUUUGGUGGUUAGCUGUGCCCACUAAUGCAUAUUGCCUGCCAACUUGCAUGAGGAGCAUGACUCUCCCACUUCAAAUUCAAACUCCGUAUCUGUAAAAUGAAUUGCAUUACAGUGGUUUUUGUGUUUGCUAAGGUUGAUUAGUUGUGAUGGCUGUGGUUCAUGAGGUAUUUUAACUGCCACACAAUACAUACAUCCUUGAAUCCUUAUAGUGUGCCUUUCAUGGUUGCCGAAUACUGAAGAUUCUGUUAGGAUAAUAAAUACGUAGAUGCUGAUAAGCAGUGGUAGGCAGCACUAAUCUAAAAAUUAGUUCCACUAGCCCUAAAACACUAACUCAAAAGUUUAGGUCCCUUAAUU